CUCCCUGUUUUUUUUUUUAAGUUUGAUAAGAAAUAAUGGUAAUCUGUAAUCUGUGUAAUCUAUGGUCUACGCUGAAUGUUUGAGUGACAUAACCUAAAAAAAGUUAUUGAUCACGUUAAAAGUUAACUAAAAAUCCCUUAAAACUGCCGAAAUGAGUGUGCCUCUACCUCCUGGAACUGGAAUAGAAAAUAUUGAUGGAGAACAAAUAAAAACUUUCAAAGACUUUUUAAUAUCAUAUAAUAAAUUAACGGAGCUUUGUUUUAACGAUUGCAUAUCAGAUUUUACCUCAAGGAAUAUAAAAGGAAAAGAGGACAAGUGCGCUUUAAAUUGUUUAGAGAAAUUCCUUAAAGUAAACCAAAGAAUCUCCCAGCGUUUUCAAGAAUUUCAGGUAUUAGCCAAUGAAAGUGCUAUAGCAGCCGCUCAAAAAAUGGAGAAAGGAGCAAGUUGAGUGGUGAAUUUUUAGAUAAAAAAUUAGUUUAUUUGCAUUUGUUAAAAUGUAGUUUGUUAUUUAUAUUAUAAAAAUAUAUUAAAUAA